UCUACAUUUCUUAAAUAGAACAGAAAUAUUAGGAACCACGGGUUUAUUCUUAUCUAAAUUAACGACUCUUUUCGAGUCUUUUUCCUCUGGAUCACCCUCCAAAAUUCUUAUGCUUGGUUUAGAUGCUGCAGGAAAAACAACAAUUUUGUACAAGAUUAAACUAAAUGAAAAUGUGUGCACCAUUCCCACCAUAGGAUUUAAUGUGGAGACCGUGUCCCCAGUGAAGGGCGUGUCCUUCACUGUAUGGGACGUCGGCGGUCAGGAUAAAAUUAGACCGCUGUGGAACUACUAUUUUCAAGGAACAGAGGGAUUGGUUUACGUGGUGGAUAGUAACGACAGAGAAAGAGUCAUAGAAUCACGAGAAGAACUCUUCAGAAUCCUUCAAACUGACGAAAUGAGAGGAGUUCCCGUAAUGGUUAUCGCUAACAAACAAGAUCUUCCAAAUGCUCUAAGUACCUCACAGGUAGCUGAAAUGAUGUGCUUACACAAACUGACGUCACGGAAGUGGUACAUUCAAUCUGCAUGCGCAACAACUGGGGAAGGGAUUUUCGAUUCAAUGCAAGAAUUAUCAGCAAUGGUCAAAGAAUAUAAGAAAGGACUAAAAUGAAGCACAUUCAGUUUAACUAUGCAGUCGAAAGCAACCACUAAGUGUUCCAAGCAAGCGGUGUGGAUAUUUGCAUACAGAAGAUUAAUGAAUGCGAACCGAGUGUUUUGUUCAAUGCUUUGGUCAGAAAUCGCUCAAAUGAAGGAAUUAUUUGCCAUAUUCAGCAAUGGUAACUUUCUGCUAUAAGACAUUAAUUGAAAUGUUGUUUGCCUUUUCCCAUUUUCCUGUAACAUGCGUAAAGGGAAUAUAUUGUAUUCAUCGAAAUAUUGAUAAUAGAUGUAUUAUGCACACGU